CAUUGUUACCAUUAAGCCCGUCGAAGCCGCUCGCACACCUACCUCUUGGUAAAGCCAGCGCGCACCGAGUUGAAGCUCGCUUCUAUCAAACCUGCUCAAACCUGAACCAGUGCUUGUACACCGUUUCGCGGUGUGAUUUAUUAGAUUAUGGACGAGCGCGUUGCCGCAUCACCACGCCACGUGCUAAAAAUAAGCGCCGCUUCGAAGUAGCCCAGCUAAUCGGCGAGCAACAACGACCAUAGAAGCGAUUCAUACCGUUGGCGGCGGACAAAAAAUUCGUCUCCGCGGAAAUUCAAAAGUUUUAGUUCCGCUGCGAGCCACCUUCGGCGGAGUCAGUGCGCGCGCCAAAGUGCUCAACAUUCGAGUGUUACGCGCGGUAUGAUAACGAAUAAUUCGUGUUUGCGCAAGUUUUAUGACCGUUGUUAACUUUGCGAACAACGCGCCAAGACUUUAAGGAUUUGCCGCCUUGGACAUUAAGUAUUAAUAAUCGCAGAGUGUGAACUAAACUUGCACUCAACUAGGUACUCCACGUCUGUUCUUGAUGCACAAAUUUCGUAAAGUUGAGUUAAGUUUUCUAAAUUAAUUGAAUUGAGUGCUUGUCAAAUUGUGGUGUGUGUGUGUUUUGACUUUUGCGGAUCAAAUUUGGAGAAAAAAACACGUUGGUGACACGCUGGUACGACAAUACCGCACGCAGAGAAUAAGAAUAAAAGAAACACCUGUGGAAUAGUGCAUGCUGUUUUUGCAAGUGUUUUCGUACCUGCAGAAAACUCCAGUGAAAGAAAAGAAAUGAACUUUUACAUCUUAUAGUCUAUUGUGUUAUCGCAGGACCACAUACACAGACCUUUAAGUGACUGAUAAAAUUCGUAAAAACUUUGUGAAAUCUGUUCGUAAGUGUCAAUAGUAGAUUUUCCUAGCGCACAACCGAGAAUAUCUUCCAUCAAGUUCGGAGACAUAAAUUAAUUAAACUCUCAGUCGUGUUUCGUCCGCGUAGGCCGGGAUUCCGUGCUCGCCGGUGCGUUACGAUUACGGGGGCGUUACGUCGAGUUGCACACGCACACAAACGCGCGCGCCCACCGACAAGAUGGAGGAUACCUGGGAGUCGAACGUAUCGCCACUAAUUAUGGGCAUGAGCGGCGGCGGCGGGAUCGGCGAUAUGCAACCGCCCGACAUGGGGGUCGGCCCGCCACACGCCCAGCAUUCCCAACAUCCGCAACAUUCGCAGCAUCAGCAGCUCCAACGCGGGGGUAUGCAGCAGCAGCAUCACACGAACAUGCCGCACCAUCCACCGCAAGAUAUGAGCGGCGCCGACAUGCAGGACCUCGAGCGCGACCAUCUCGGGCGAGAGCUUAGCGCCCCCGACAACAACAUGCACCUUCAGCAUCCGGGCGGGAGUGCCGGCGGAUCCACCGGCGUGAUGAAUCGCAACGACUAUUAUGCGAAUCAGUUGUUGGUGUCUGGUCAACCAACGACAAACGCAGGCUCGUCACCAGCGUCCGGCGGCGGCUCGCUCAGCCCGGGUGGAUCCGCUGGUGUGCCGGGGGCACUUUCGCCCGGCGGCACAUCCAGUUCCGGUCCGACACAAUGCUGCGAAUCGGGACGGCCACUAGUCACCGAUCCGGUAACCGGCCAGAGCGUCUGCUCCUGCCAAUACGACUCCGCACGCCUGGCGGCAUUGCAAUAUCCGCGAAGUGUUGGCGUCUAUGGCACACCAUACCCUUCGACCGAUCAGAACCCCUAUCCGAGCAUAGGCGUGGAAAGCUCCGCGUUCUAUUCACCCCUGAGCAAUCCCUACGCGUUGAAGGACGCGGGCGGCACUGCGGCCGACAUGUCGGCGUGGACUAGCGCCGGUCUUCAACCGACCACAGGAUACUACCCCUACGACCCAGCGUUGGCGGCAUAUGGUUAUGGCGCCGGUUAUGACCUGGCAGCACGUCGCAAGAACGCUACACGGGAAUCCACCGCCACGCUCAAGGCAUGGUUAAACGAACACAAGAAAAACCCAUAUCCAACAAAGGGCGAGAAGAUCAUGCUGGCGAUUAUCACCAAAAUGACGCUGACGCAAGUGUCGACGUGGUUUGCAAACGCGCGGAGACGACUCAAGAAGGAAAACAAGAUGACGUGGGAGCCGAAGAACAAGACGGACGACGACGACGACGCGCUGGUUUCUGACAGCGACGACAAGGACAAGGACGACGACGACAAGCGCGACGACACAGACAUACACGGUCGCGUGAAGGCCGAGCGCAGCGUCAAAGACAUGGACGACGAUGACAUGACCGACGACGACCGCAAAGACGACCUGCUCGGCAAUCACAUGCACCAUAUCCUUAGCAACACACAUUUUGGCAUGAAGCCGGAGAUGAAGACCUCCGACUGCGGCGUGCCGCUCCCGCCGUCUAAACCUAAAAUUUGGUCAUUGGCCGAUACAGCCGCGUGCAAAACACCGCCACCUCCACCACCGUCUGCACAACACCAUUGGCAGCACCACAGCAACGGAUUUGUGUUACCGAGCUCGCGAUACGGCUCAUCUGGCGGCUUCCUACCCGGACAUUGCCAGCAGGGUUUUCCUGACCUCCAAACCGACACACCCCCUCAAACCCCGCCGAGCAUGAAGCUCCCGAAUAGCGUAGUCGCGGGUGCACAAAUGCAAGGAUGUAUUGGUGGCGCACCAGUACCCCAACCGCCUCACCUAAACGGAGGUUAUGCCCAGAGUGGUUUCCUUGGUAGCUUUGGCAGAUUACACUCACCUCAGCGAGGGGCUCAACCGCCGCAGGGUCAAAUGUCCGCGCCGAAUGGGGACAAUGCAGCCUUUAAACCUUUCUAUAAGAGUAGUCCACAAACAAUGAACGGGGGAUAUGUGUCCCCGGUGUGAGCUGCUCCUCCUCGGCUGGACCAUCCCUUUAUAGGUUACCCAAGGUUAUGAAGCGUGUGGACUGAAGAGGGUUAGUGCAUCGCUCUGUGCGUCAGUCACAACCAUCGCGGGAGAUUCAAGUACUGGGGAGUUGGGCAAAGUGCAACAAAUCGAAGAAAUUAUAAAAAAUAGUUAAAUUAUAAUCGUGUGAGAGUGCGAAACGGAAAACCAUAAUACCGAGAGACUCGUGUGCAAUCUGUUGUAUAUUUUGUGUAAAUGCAUUUAUUUAUAUCUGUGAUAACGAACAAAAUUAUGUCCACAAACUACGACUAGGUGUUUUUCUGAAAAAAGGUAUUCAUUUUUGGAACAAUACCAAAAAUUAUAAGAAACAUUAUACAUACUACUACAAAAUGAAAAUUUCGAUAAGUAAAAAUAUAUUUGGUUUUAAUUUAAAAUUGUUUGGGUAUACUAUGAAUAACGGAGAAUACGAAUUGAACAGAAAAAGGAAACAAUACAAAAACGCACGCACCUUUGUUUGGAAACCUGUUGUGUGUGCAUCACACCUCUUAACGAUUAAUUAAAUUGUUAUUUUAUUAUAUCGAUUAUGGAUUAUAUUAUCUUAGAGAAAUUGUUGUGUAUAAAGAGACCAUAUCAAUGCGUGAGGAAGAAGAGAAUUUCUAUUACGACUUUACAUUCUAUUUUAAUUAAUUCUUAUUAUAAACCAAUUUGUUCGGUUCAUAAUAAAUUACGGGAGCCAUGUGCAAAAAAAAAAACUGAAACAAAACCUUACAGGCCCCUUUACAAAAAUGUACAUUUCUUAACUUUAUUUGUUUGUAAAUAGGAAUCAGUGUGAAUAGAAGUAUAUUAUUAUAAAUAAUUAUGAUUGUCUUAAUUAAAUCAUUAACAGAGACUAUACAAUUAUAUUGUGGUUUAAUUUUUCUUCACUAUCAUCCAAUUUUAAAGAAUAAACAUGUAGCACAAUGAAA